AUGUCAGAGUCCAACACAACUGACUUCACCAACCCCUCCACCUUCAUCCUGCUGGGCAUUCCUGGCCUGGAGAUGGCCCAUGUCUGGAUCUCCAUCCCCUUCUGCACCAUGUACGUCAUAGCCGUCUUGGGGAACUUCACCAUCCCAUUCAUUGUGAAGAUGGAGAAGAGCCUCCAUGGGCCCAUGUACUAUUUCCUCUGCAUGCUGGCCGUCACUGACCUGGUCCUGUCCACAUCCACCCUGCCUAAAAUGCUGAGCAUCUUCUGGUUCAAUUCCAGGGAGAUUGAUUUCAGUGCCUGCCUCACCCAGAUGUACUUCAUUCACUGCUUCUUAGUAAUGGAGUCUGGGAUCUUCAUGGCCAUGGCUUUGGAUCGCUAUGUGGCCAUCUGCCAUCCCCUGAGACAUUCAGUCAUCCUGAAAAACUCCAUGGUGGCCAAGAUUGGUGUGGGGGUGCUGCUGCGUGGCAGCAUUCUCGUGCUCCCCUAUAUUCUAGUGGCAAGGCAGUGGCCAUAUUGCAGAACCAACAUCAUACCCCACUCAUACUGCGAGCACAUGGCCGUGGUGAAACUGGCCUGUGCUGAAAUCCAUGUCAGUAAUUACUACAGCCUCUCUGUGGUAUUCUGUGUAUUUGGUCUGGAUCCAUUUUUUAUUGCUGUGUCCUAUAUCCAGAUCCUCAGGGCCAUCUUCAGCCUCCCCACAAAGGACGCCCGGCUCAAGACUUUUGGGACCUGCAUCUCCCACCUCUGUGCCAUCUUAGCCUUCUACAUCCCAUGUCUUUUCUCAGCCCUCACGUACCGGUAUGGCAAGAAUAUGGCCCCGCAUUUCCACACUAUCAUUGCCAGCAUUUACCUUCUGAUUCCCCCCAUGUUAAACCCCAUCAUCUACGGGGUGAGGACCAAACAGAUCCGGGACAGGCUGCUCCGGCUCUUUACUCAUAAAGGGACCUAA